AUGUGCUCCUUCCACAGCAUGGCUGUAUUAUACCUCUGCUGGCUGGCCUGGGCUUUGUCCAGCCUCGCUCAACUUCAGAGCUUUCAUCCCAGUGGACACGAUGAUCUUACCUACAGCAUCAAUAUUCCUCAAAGCACAUCGCAGUCGGGCUCGGGGUCGAUAUACUUUCAAUUAAACUCUACGCGACAAGUACGAUGGUUCGCCCUGGGUCAGGGGACGCGCAUGGUGGGCGCGAAUAUCUUCGUCGUAUAUCCGAAUGGCGACAACGUGACGGUGUCACCACGACUCGGUAUGGGCGAAAUCCAACCACUGUACAAUAGCGACGCUCAAGUCUCGCUGCUGGACGGGAGUGGAUAUUCAAAUGGCGCGAUAACUGCCAAUAUCCGCUGCGACAGCUGUAUUAAUUGGACCGGUGGAAGCGAAGACGUGACCAGCGCCUCGAGUUCCUGGGUCUGGGCCGUGAAAUACGGAUCGCCGCUGGAUUCUAGCGAUGUCUCUGCGGGACUCACGCAGCAUGAUGACUCCGGCGUUGUGUCUGUUGAUUUGGUGAAAGCUACGGGUGGGAGUUCGGACAACCCUUUCUUCCAAACUUCCAAAUCUUCUUCUCCUACGACAGUCGUCGUCACGGCGGCUGCUCAGGAUCCAAAUACCUUUUUCAACCAGAAACGAACGGCGCAUGCAGUAUUGAUGGUUAUCGCGUUCGUGAUUAUGUUCCCCUGUUUCGCUCUCACGCUUCAAAUCUUCCCCUCCUCUAGGACGGCUAGUGUGCAUGGGUUGCUUCAACUUCUUACUCUGGUUGUUGCGCUCGUCGGGCUUGGACUUGGGGUGUCUAUGGCUAGGGAGGUCAAAUUGUUAACCAACCAUCAUCCUAUUAUUGGUCUUGUGGUCGUUGCGGGUCUUACUCUUUUCCAACCGAUCAUGGGCCUGUUGCAGCAUCGCCACUAUCGCAAGACUAGAAGCAAGGGCGUCUUUGCGUAUGUGCACCGUUGGUUUGGACGAACGAUGAUUGUUUUGGGAAUUAUCAAUGCUGGACUGGGGCUGCAGUUGGCGAACGGUCCUAAAGGAGCUGUUAUCGCGUAUAGCGUUGUGGCUGGGGUUGUUGGAUUGUGUUAUUGUGCGAUUAUUGUCUGGGUACAAAUGGGUCGGAAACGCAGUCGAUGA